UGGGCUGUUUUCUGUGUGCAGGUGACAGUGUUGGUGGAGUUCCUCAUAAACAACUGCUCGGAAAUAUUUGAGAAGGACAUUGCCUUUCCUGCCUGUGCCUUGGCUGAGGAGUCACCAGAGCACACAGACAGCUCCACAGAACAACUCUGUGCAGCUCAGAAUGACUCUGCCUAUGACAGCCCAGAUCCCGAAGUGGAAGGCUGCCAUUGUACCUCUGAGAUGGAGCAGGCCAAAGGGAGGAAUGCUACCGUGAGCAGAAAAUACCCAACACACAUCUCUGCCCCUUCACUGACUAAUUUCAGAAAUGACAUCAGCACAAUGGACAGGAGGUAUUCAGAGUCAGACUUGUCCUUCCAAAACUGCCUUGAUGACACAAUAAGGAAACAGAAACUAAACAAAAGUGAGGACAAUUUUCCAGUUCAGCAGAAACAGCCAUGGUUGGAGGCACUGGAGAAACGUCUUGCAGCCUUACCUUCACAAUUAUCAACUGACUCUCUACCCAAAACAUCCUCCAGUUGCUCUCUGGAGAGUUCUGAUGGCUCAGUUUUCACCAGCUCCCCAGUAGUUUCACCCUCUAGUCCCAAAAAAACCUUUUUAAAUAGGCCUCAGUCCUUUUCCACCAAGGCCACUGAAGACUGCAGUACACCUAGCAGAGAGAUCAAAAAACAUUCCAUGUCAUUCUCUUUUGCAAACCACAGGAAAACACUAAUAAAAACCCAGAGUUGGGGGCCUGGAAAAAACAUGUUUUUUCAGAGGGACAGUUUCACAAAGAAAGAUCAGUUCUCCUGCAGAAUUGUCCAGGAGGACAGUCGUAAUGAUGACAAACCAUUGCAUGUGGAGUAUCAGCAGAGGCCCCGUUUCAGGUCAGUUGAUGAAGUGUUCAGAGACGUGGACCAGAAAAACCCUGGAAGACCACCCUCUUAUGAAGAGGCUGUUAAAAACUGCCUGGCCACUAAAGUUCCCUCCCACAGUCUCACAGUUCAAACUCUGAGAUUAGCGGUGUCAAACCAGGAUGCUUUGCUGCCUCAUCCAUGCAGCCACAGUGCACAGGACACAGAAUAUACAGAUCUAAGGGAUCUGCACAGUGCCAGAGUUUCUGCAACAAAGGAUUCUGACAUGGAAACUGAAACCUUCAGCAUCACUGUAGGAGUAAACUCCCGUGUGAGUUUACCCGUGACCCCAGGAGUCUACCGGAUGAGAGCCAUGUCUGAGUCCUGUCAAAAGAACAAACUCGAGUAUGUAGCACAGAGGUGCAGCCAGCCGCUUUUUGAGGUAGAGCAGAUCCAGUUUGCUAAGGAGUCCUACGUUUAAAAAGCCUAUCCUUCCUCUUUGCACUGUACAAAGUAAAUAUUGUAAAAAUAGACAUCUUGCUAAUCAUUUGUAGGAUUUUACUUUCAAGAGACAAAGAAUAAGCUAGCUCUGCAUGAACUUUUUUUUCUGAAGUGUCUGUCAGCUUGACAUGUCACAUCCUUUCACCACAAGAGUUGUUGCUGGUGAAAACCUGUGUAUCAUUAUGUAAAAAUGUAAGUUAGUAUGCUGUACAUAACCUGUUGUGUGGGAAGAGUAGUUAGCAGAUCAUAAACAGUGUUGUAUUUGUGUUCCUGAAAUGACAAUUAAAAUGUUGGCAGGUCCAAAACCUGUCGCACCUUC